ACAAGCACAUGUAGCUCCUCCUCAGUAACCGCUGCUUCUAUUUUGAUGGAUGGCGAUAAGUCAUCAUCUCACUCUUGGUGAUUUUUCACACACAGACAAUUUCCAUAUCAUUGGUUCUGAUAUUCAUGGUGUUUUAGCUCGUGGCCAGAAAGGCUUCUUUUAUUCGAGUCAGGGCUGCGCAAACCCUGAGCAAUCUUUCCUAAACCUGUCUGCGCUCAUUAUGAGAAGGUUUCUGUUUAUAAUGCUCCCCGUCAACGGACUGUUUGCAGGCUCUGUAGAGGCGAAUCAAGACUGCAGUUCCUGUUACCAGAUGGACAUUGGAGUGGCUGUGGGGAUCAUCACAUGUGAUAUUUUUCUCACGCUUCUCAUUGCGCUCUCCGUCUACUGUUUUGUUUCUCGUCAGAAAAGGAGAGGGGGUUUACAUGCACACGGCAGAUGCUGUGGCUCAGGCAAAGCAAAACUUCAGCAGACAUCUAUGAGGGCAAAACCAAUUGAAGUGGAAUCACCUUAUCAGGAGCUUUAUGGAGUCCAGUCAGACAUAUACAGUGAUCUUCAGCAGUAUCGGAAAUAAACAAGGUCACCACGUGUAGUGUAACAUUAAUAAUGGGUUGUGUUCACACCAAUAUUUGGAGAUUGUACAUGACGGUUUCAUGGUGGUUCUGGCACACAAAUGUGUAUUUGAAAUAAAUAAGCUAUAAUAAUUGAAACAUGCAAAAAAAAAAAUCCAAAAAUUAAUAUUAUUGGUCAGGUUGUAUAAAAAUCAUCAAAAUAAAUGUUAAUGGUUUGUGAAAAGGAAAUGUUCUUCCAGAACUUGUAGAUUUAAUUCCACAUUUUAAUAUAGUUGUAAAAGUUUUUUGCAUCUUUGUAUUUAUUCAUAAUACGUAUAUCUUUGUUAUGGAACUAGAUUUCCUUGGUCCUUAUGUAAAAAUAAAUAUGUUUGAUUUUAA